UUUCAGCUAAAACGUACCUUGAUUUUAUGAAUAUUAUUUAUUGGAGGUAAUAAAUUAUUUUUAAAACUUAAUUUAAAUAGAAGUUUUCCAGGGAUCUUUAAAUUACCGUAACAUUUUCGAUUAUACUACUCGAAAUUAAACUCUUUAAAAUUUAUAGACACUGCCGUUUUAUAACAAUUUAUAAAACCGAUACAAGGACCGGUUCCACAAUUUGAGUUAACCCGAGUUUAAGUGGUUUACAGGAGGUUUAAACAGUGUAUAAAUCAAUUAAACUCGAAUUAACCAGAGUUAAAGUGGUUUACAGCAGGUUUAAACCGAGUGUAAACCAAAUAAACGCAAGUUAACCGGAGUUUAAUUAAUCCACGGCAGGUUUAAACCUCGUAUAAACUGGUUAAUCAGAGUUUAAGUGGUUUACAGGAGGUUUAAUCAGUGUAUAAAUCAAUCAAACUCGAAUUAACCAGAGUUAAAGUGGUUUACAGUAGGUUUAAACCGCAUAUAGACCAAUUAAACGCAAGUUAACCGGAGUUUAAUUAAUCCACAGCAGGUUUAAACCUCGUAUAAACUGGUUAAUCAGAGUUUAAUUGGUUUACAAUAGAUUCACACCCGGUGUAAACAAGUUGUGGAACCGGACCUAAAUGUACUAAUGAUUAACUACGUCUCCAUCGUACUCAAAAUCCAGGAUUUGUUAAAACCAAACCUAGUAAAUCCGAAUUUAAGAGUCGAUCGAAUCUGCGUAUUUAUUAAUGCGAUAGCGACGUACGAUUUACUGAAUAUCCAGAUCCGAUAAAUCCCGGAUUUAGGAGCACGAUGGAAACGUAAUCAUUUAAACCGUGGACAAAAAUUUUGUUACACCUUGUAUACUUUCUUUGCUUUCCUUAGCGUCCAUAAUCGAUCAACUUCAAAUUCAUCUAACUAUUAAACAAACUAAAUUGCCAACGUGUCAAAAUUUGUCAAAAUUUUCAAAUUCUUGAAACAUACAUUACAGUUAUCAAAGACUAAUGCCUUCGGAGAGACUAACUAACUUAGUUACAACUAAUAGUCUUAAUUACUAAAGUAACCUGCUUGGUUUAGUAAAGGAGGAAGAAAUUAAGUGAGGUUAUGAACACCCUUAUAUUUCCUAAUACAGUAAAUCCGUUCUUUUAGAAUUCUGCUAUGAUCUCGAUAAAGUCUCGACGCGAAAAAGCUUCCUCGAAAACGUUCACGAAAUCCCCACCAGGGAGAAAUAAAACCCUAGGGAAUUUCGAGGUCGACACUCCUGGGGGAAAACCCUUGGAAUUCCCUAGCAGACUUUCUCGGGAGAGUUUCUCCUUCUCGUCUAGACGGCAGAUCUUAUUCCCUAAGGAUUCAACGCGAGGUGGAAGUUUUUCAAAACGCAGCAGUGAAAAACUUAAACUCCAGGGACGCCACAAAAGGAAGUCUAAUCCUUUGGAAACUCCUGAAAUUCGACUCCAAAAGGACGAAAUAUCCUCCGGAGAUUUCGGAAGAAGUGGCGCCACUGGCGCGCGGAAGAGUCGAGAGUUAAACGGUUCUCAAGACGCGACAAUUGGCGAACCACUUUCGAAAUUCAUGAAAGCAACCCUGAAAACUCAUGAAAUAGACACUAACGUCCAGAGCGCUGUUCAUGAAAACGAAAAAGAGAAAAAUGUAACCCCUUCGCACAAUUUAAAAAAAAAUUCUGGAAGAAAAAUCGAAAAUGGCCUGAGUAAAUUGAAAGAUUACAUAAGCAAUGACGGAGUACCAACUGUACAAUCAAUUGUUAACGCUGUACAUGAACAAAAGAAAGAGAAGGAUACAAAUUGCCGGAAUAAUUUUGGGAAAAAUCCAGGGAAAAAAAUGGAAAAUGAUUUUAGUACUUUUGGGAAUUUGGGGAUUCCAACUAUACAGUCAAAUAGUGGCGCCACCAUUAACAAAGUGCCAAUAAAGAAUGUAAACAACGAUGUCAAUCAUUCUUCCGAAAGAGAUGUGAGGUUCUUGUAUAAAGACAAAGACAAAGGAGACAUCUCGCCGACAUAUUCCUGGCAGGAUGCGGAAAAUUGGACGCCGCCAUUGGAACGUUUAAAAGGUUACGAGGACUUUUACGAGCUUCUAGGAAGAUCUAAAGAGGAAAGAGAGUGUCGCGUCAAGUACUCCUGGCAGGUAGAGUUUAUAAAUUGCCAAGCCCUACCUUAGCGCCUCCAUAUUCCUGUGGGAAAAUUUGAAACUAAUCGGUACCCCCA